UUGGCCCCGAAGCCUCCAAUCAGGAGCGCCGAUCUCUUUGUUGUUGGUGGUGACAUGAAAAUAUUGUUGUUGCUGUUGGAGGCUGCGGACCGAGACUCGGUGGUGGGAGACAGACAGGCAGGCAGGCAGGCAGGCAGGCAGGACGGGGUGUGAAGGUUCCGAGGUGUUUAAUAAACUCUAUUUUAUCUACGACUUUAAAAGAAACGUUUGUAGAAAGUGGAAAUGUCUGUGAAUAUGGACGAACUCAGACAUCAAGUCAUGAUCAACCAGUUUGUUUUGACGGCAGGCUGCGCCGCCGAUCAGGCGAAGCAGCUCCUUCAAGCGGCCCACUGGCAGUUUGAGACGGCCUUAAGCUCCUUCUUCCAGGAGGCCAACAUCCCCAGUCACCACCACCAAAUGUGUACUCCCAGAAACACUCCCGCCACGCCGCCGAACUUCCCGGACGCCAUCACCAUGUUCUCCAAGCUGCGGGCGUCGGACUGCAGCUCCAGCGGGCCCUCCCAGGUCUCGAUGGCCGGCUCGCCCCCGGCUGCCUCCUCCACGUCAGGUUUCGGCUCCUUCUGGGCCUCCUCGCCGCCCAGCCACCAGCCCGCGUGGCUGCCGCCGUCGUCGCCCACGGGCCACCACAUGCACCAUCACCACUACCACCACCAUCACAUGCAACAGACUCCCAUGUGGCCGCCCGUCUCUCAGCCCAGCGGCGCCCAGCAGCCCCCCGUCGUGUCGGCUCUCCACGGCCAAAGAUGAGACUGAGCGUUGGGCUGCAGGGGGGGGGGGGGGGGGGGACGUGGCGGGGCGGGGCGAAGGGGGGCUGGUCGCUGGUUCAAGUGUAGCUGAAUGAAUCUGUUUUAUUGCAAAUGGGGAGUCUGGGGUUCGUAUGUGAAAUGAGAGGACAUUGAAAAAGACAGAGACUCGCUGGUUUCCUCUCUUGUUUCUUUUUUUUUCUAAAGUGAAGACGAGCAGUUUGGACACUUUCCCUCUCUGCCUUCAUCACACGUCAGCAACCACGAACACAAAAACUUUCUAUAGUCAUCAAAUGGAAACGUGCCUAGGACCCCACAGAGCACUCACCGAGGAGAGGAGCCAAUCAGACUGCUUUGUGAUCUUUUUUUUUUUCUGAGAAACGUUUUUUUUCA